AUGGUUAGAAAGUAUAAAACCAAAACGGAUCGUUGCCUGAUCGACGAAAAGGUAGUCAAAAAGGCAGUUGAGGAUGUAGUAAAGCAUAAUAUGUCAAUCAGGUCUUCUGCAGCAAAACAUAAUUUGAAAAAGUCGAUGCUAUCUAAACGGGUGAAAAUUGGAAGAGAUUACAUUCAGGAUUCCGAUGAAGGUAGUGGUGAUGUUCGUGAUAAUGGAAGGAAAUAUGCAACGCGGCAAAUCUUUACCAUAGUCGAAGAAAAAAUGCUGUGUAAAUAUGUAAUGAAAUGUUCAGAUAUUCAAUAUGGAUUAACGUACAUUCAGGUGCGUAAACUUGCUUUCCAAUAUGCAGUAAAAUUAGAAAAAACAAUGCCCGAGUCGUGGAAAAAUGUUAAACAAGCUGGUGUUGACUGGAUGUACAGUUUUAUGAACAGACACCCUAAUUUGUCUUUACGGAAAGCUGAAAAUACAUCGUUAUCAAGGGCUACCGCGUUUAAUAAGCACAACGUCGGCACGUUUUUUAAGAACUAUUUAACAGUGAUCAACAAAUAUCAUUUUCGUCCAGAAAGGAUUCUAAACCUCGAUGAAACUGGGAUAACCACCGUCUUGCAGGCACCAAAAGUCAUUGCUACCAAAGGUAAGAAGCAGGUUGGUCAAAUAGUGUCGGCGGAAAGAGGGCAACUUGUUACAUUUGUCGGCAUAAUAUCAACUAUUGGAAAUACAGUCCCCCCGGCUUUUAUAUUCCCAAGAGUCCACUACAAGGAUCAUUUCGUUGCUGGUGGUCCUAUAGGCUGUUUGGGAAUGGCAACCAAGUCAGGAUAG